UCUAUCACGGCACAGACAACACUCAGGAUGUGAAGCCAGCUGGACAGCACAGAGUGUCGUUCCGCCAAGGGGCCAAUCCCCCACAGUGGGAGGAGCAGUAUGGCUUCAUGUGGGACCAGCAGUUUCGCCCAGGCAACAACCGCUCAGGGAUUCUGCGCAGGGCCAUCAGCGACCCCUUGGAGGCCAUCGAUGACUACGAUGGUUUGGGUCGCAGGCAGGUCAGCGUGCUUGGAGACUGGAGCCCGGUACAUCACGACCACUCCUCAGCCGCAGCGAAGGGCCUGAUGAAGCUGCGCUCGUCCCUGAAGAGGCGCAAGAGCAGCAAAGUGGAGCGCAACCCGAGCUUCCGUGUCUCCCUGCGUGGCCCCGAGCCCGACAGGUUGUCCAGCGUUCCACUGCACCAGGCUUCCCAUGAGCCUCUGCUCUCCCCCAGUGGGGCAGCAGACAGCCUGGGCCUGAGUCGCGACCAGGAGGUCUCAAUUCGGCCCGUCCACCCCUCCAUCAUCGGGCAGGACUACUGCUUUGAGGUGGUGACGUCCUCGGGCAGCCGCUGCUUCUCGUGCCGCUCGGCGGGGGAGCGCGACAAGUGGAUGGAGAACCUCCGUCGCAUCGUGCAGCCCAACAAGGACAACAUGCUGCGGGUGGAGGCUGAUGUGGAGGUGUGGGUGAUGGAGGCCCGCGACCUUCCCUCCUCUAAGAAGUUCUUCUUCUGCGAGGUCUGCCUGGACGAGGUGCUCUACGCCCGCACCACCUCGCGCGGCAAGACCGCCGCCCCGCCUCCUCCGCCGCCGCCCCCGGCCUCCUCCUCCUCCUCGUCCUCCUCCUCCUCGUCGUCGACCGCCGCCUCCUCUUCGUCGUCCGGCGGCGGCGGCGGUUCGAGCGGCGAGCUGGCCGUGCUGUGGGGCGAACGCUUCGAGUUUGCGAGCGCCCCUCCGGCGGCCCAGCAGCUCACCGUCUACCUGUACAAGGAGUCGUCGUCGGAGCGCAAGCGGCGGCAGGCCGGGGCCGCCGGCGGGGCCGCCGGGGCCGCCGGUGGCGCAGGGCGAGACCGCGGCGAGAGGGAGCGGGAGCGGUCGAGCUACGCCGGGCUGGUCGACAUAGCGUUGGACGGCACGGGCCGGGCGGUGGAGCGGUGGUACCCGCUGAGCGUCCCCACGCCGGGAAGGUCGAGCGUCACCGUCAGCGUGGUGGGCGGCCUCGGCGGCGGUGGCUCGCACCACCACCUGCAGCAGCAGCAGCAGCAGCAGCAGCAGAGCCACGGAGGGAGGGCGCCGGUGUUGAGAGUUCGGUCGCGAAGGCGAGUCCUCCGUAUCCUCCCCACUGAGCGCUACAAGGAGCUGGGCGAGCUGCUUGGCUCCGCCAGCCUCCAGCUCUGCCUGCUGGUGGAGCCGGCGCUGACGUCCAGAGGGCGAGCAGAGGCGGCACGUGCGCUGGUGCGCUUCCUACACGCCACGGGGCGCGCACAGGACCUCCUGACUGAGCUGGGUUUGGCCGAGGCCUGCCGGGCUGCGGUGAGCGAGGGAGUUACCGUGCUGGUGGACGACACUCUCGCCGCGCGAGCCGUGGAGGAAUAUCUCCGCAUGGUGGCCGACCGCUACCUGCAGGACGUGCUGGGCGAGUUCAUCCGCGCGCUGGUGGACUCUGAGGAGGACUGUGACGUCGAGGUCACCAAAUGCUCCAUGGAUGAGCUGCAAGAGCGGAGAAUCACUCUGCGAAUGUGCUGUGAGCUCGUGUUCUGCAAGAUACUGGCCUCACGCUGCAUGUUCCCGGCGGAGCUGCGUGCGGUGUUCGGGUCGUGGCGGCGAGUUUGUGAGAACCGCGGCUGGUCAGAGGUGGCUGAUCGCCUCGUUGGCUCUGCGUUCUUCCUCCGCUUUGUGUGCCCGGCGAUCGCCGCCCCGACUCUCUACGGCCUCACGCGGGAGCAGCCCGAGCAGCGAGCGGCACGCACGCUGCACCUCAUAGCCCGCGUCAUACGCAACCUCGCCUCCUUCAACAAGUUCGGACACAAGGAGUUCUACAUGUGGUUCAUGAACGGAUUCCUGGAGCAGGAGUGGGGCCGGAUGCGUCGCUUCCUGCUCGAGAUCUCGGGCUCACCGACCACGCCUGCGGCGGCACCGGGAUAUGACGGCUACGUGGACCUGGGCCGUGAGCUGUGCCUGCUGCACUCCCUGCUGUGUGAAGCCCUGCCAGCAGAGAAGGGUGAGGCGGUGUUCCUGCAGUCGGCCCUGGCCGGCCUGGGCUCCCUGCCACGGAUCCUCACCGAGAUCAGCGCAGCGCUGCACGACGCCUCCAGCGUGGGGGGCGGCAACCUGGGGGGGCCCCUGGGGGGGCCCCUGGGGGGGGCCCUGGGGGGGGCCCUGGGGGGGGCCCUGGGGGGCAACCUGGGGGGCAACCUGGGCCUGCACCCGCGCAAGUAA